UGUUGACACAUGAAGGACCCAAGUGUAUUGUGAUCAAACAAGAAGGAGCGAUCGAAACUUUAUAAUCUUGGCCUAAAAAGGCCCAUAUAUCUCUCUCCUCUUCUGUCUUUCGUCUUUCUUCAAAAUUAGGGUUUAAUCUUGGAUUUUUUUUCUUAAUGUUGAGUGAACUUGUAGCUCGUCAGUUUCUCUAUAUUGCAUUCUACCCAUCCUUCUUUGCUUCCCACUUGUUCCUCACAUUUUUGCAACCCUACCCAAUUGUUCCACCUCACAUGGAGUAGUGAUCCUCUAUGUUUGCCCCCACCCUUCUUUUUGUACACCUUGGUUCCUAAAAUAUGUGCUGAGCCAAAAAUGAGGAUGAGUCUUAGUGAAAACCCACUAUUUUAUUUCCUUCUUAUUGGUUGUAUUUCUUUUGUUUAAUUUCAGUUGCUUGAUAAAUACUUUUGCUCAAAAAUUCCUUUGUCAUUUGCAAUUCAAGUUAUAUAUUCAUCAAAAACUUUUCAGAUGAACUAAAGUUUAUUUUGAUGGAGUGCAUUGUGCAAGGAAUUAUAGAGACACAGCAUGUGGAGGCCCUUGAGAUUCUUCUUCAGGGUCUAUGUGGUGUUCAUAAAGAACGCCUGAGGAUUCAUGAAAUUUGCUUAAAAAAUUCACCGAACCUUGGGAAUGUUGCUUCAGAGGUUAGACUCUUGUGUGAUCUCGAGCAGACUGAACCCAUGUGGACUGUUAAACAUGUUGGGGGUGCAAUGAGGGGUGCUGGGGCAGAGCAAAUCUCUGUUCUGGUGAGAACUAUGGUGGAAAGCAAAGUAAGCAAGAAUGUGCUCCGUCUAUUCUGUGCACUUGGCUACAAGUUGGAUCAUGAGCUCCUAAAAGUGGGCUUUGCUUUCCAUUUUUCAAGGGGCGCUCAGAUUACAGUCACUGUUUCAUCUAUCAAUAAGAUGCUAAAAUUACAUGCCACUGAUGAGGCCGUGCCAGUAACUCCUGGAAUACAAAUAGUAGAAGUGACAGCACCUGCAACAUCUGAAAAUUAUACUGAAGUAGCUGCUGCAAUGUCAUCAUUUUGCGAAUAUCUUGCACCGCUUCUACAUUUGUCAAAACCAGGCGUAUCAACAGGGGUUGUUCCCACUGCUGCGGCUGCCGCUGCAUCUCUUAUGUCAGACGGUGGAGGCACAACUUUGUAGUGAGAUUUUCAUGCACGGGCUUAUAAAAAAAGAGUUAACAGUUGGGUUGGCAGGCUGAGCCUGUGAUAGCUUUGAAAGAAUUGCUUUCAAAUGAAGGAAAGGAGAGAAAAGCGUGGUUGAUUGUGAGGGAUGAUACAUAUCUGCAUAAUUAUUAAAAUGCUUGUUGAUGGAAUGGAAUAGUUACGUUCGGUCUUGAAUAUUUUCUGAGCUUGAAGACAUCCCACAUGGUUCUACCUACCGUAAAGGUGCAAGCCUAUUAUAUAUGCAAUACGUGUUAAUACUCUUGAUUGAAAGUUCAAAUACUUGAUGUUGAUGUAUUGUUUGUUUAAUAGCUAAAUUCUGUAAGACAUUUCUUGUUUUGAGAUGUGAGUGCUGCGUUAUGUAUCUUUAUUAGAAGCCAAA